CUGUGGCGUACAUGCAAGUCCCUUCGGAGCAACAGGGUAUGGUUCUACCAGAUACAGAAGAAGAACAAGAUCAAGAGAACAACGACACCUGGAAUGAACAAGGUAUGGGAAAACGGAAGUCAUCUGUUUGGACACUUUUUGGCGGGAAUAUCACCAGACGCAGGAGUCGCGGUGAUAGUCUUGAGGAUAUCGAAAGAAAUUCUCCGGGACAUUCCACAGAUAUUGACUCCAUUAAAUCCUCAGGUACCUGGGGAUAUUCUGGACCAGAUGAAGUGGUAUCUGUCAAGGAUUUGACGAAUCAUAACAUCAGAGAUUCUCCGUACCAAACACUGUUAAAUAAAACAAAUAAUUCAAACAAAAAUACAAGUAAUGGUUUACAGCAAACUCCAAGGCAGUUGUCUGUUCUUGAAAACAUCGUUCUUCAAUUAUCUCCAAAAGGCCCUCGAAAAUACGCCAAAAGAUUUAAAGCAUUUACUCCAACUACAAGCACAAACCAGCAAAGGCUGCAACCAAUUAAAGGACAUCGUCAACCGGUCGUCGGUUCCUCUUCUCUGGAAUCAUCGCCGUCGACUGGAUAUUUUGCCAAUUCAAUGCUCAAUCUUCGCGAAAAAGGAACCCCAAGUUUUAAUUUUACAAAAUCAACACCAAAUCUUCCAAAUUCCGGCAAGCAUCAUCAAUCAAAAUAUUUAUAUCAUACUGAUUUGGAAAACCAGUCAUCUCCGAAACCCGAGACCGAAAUAAAACGGUCUUCUUUCCAAAGAAGAUCAACGAAGAAGCAAAUUCGCCCACUGCCGACUAGCCAUGUUUCUUGUGAAGGCACUGUGAGAUGUUUAAGUCUUCCGGAUAUAACGGAUACUGUUGCAGCGAGAGAAGUUUCUAUGGAUGACUUUAACAAAUGUAGAUGGAGGAGUGAAACAGAUUUAGUUGAUAUAACCCAUUCUUCUACAUUCUCAAGUGACGAUCUCAGGUAUAAAGUUGCCCCCGUGACAAGAAGAAUAAAACGACGUCGUUUUACUCUAGAACCACACCAACCGCCUGGAACCAGUUUUCAGAGGGACCAACACGGACUUGUACAGCAAGCUAGCAUGACACCAGAUCACUGUGAUUUACCCAAAGUUUCCAACGAGACUUCUUCAAAAACACUAUGGACAAUCGUUAAAGAAAUUCAAAAUAAACAAUGGUUUUAACAGCAGAAAAUAUUAUUGGACUAGUACAAAUAUUGAAUGAUAAAAUUCUUCUUGGAUGCUCAUGUCGAAUUAUGAAUAAAUUCAGCUAAACCAAUAUCCCGUUUUGAUUUACACAAUAAAAAUAAUUUUAUUUGAAA